AUGCGGCUGUUGGAGCAGUUAAUCGCCGGCGACAGGGAGAUCCACGGUGGUGGGGAUGAAGCGCGUGUCGCGAGGGCGAGAGGAAGCGGACGCGGAGCAUUACCGAGCCUCAUCCUCGCUAAUGGAACGCCCUUGUCGAGAGUACCACCAUCUCGCGCGGGCUGGGCAGUGCGGAUCAACGAGGCGACACUUACUACCCCGGAUCAAUCAGCAGCUAAACACCAGAACCAGCAUCACCACCAUACCCCGAGUCCAGGUACACCGAGAGCCGUCGAACGAUGGGCUAGCGAGCGGGCAGCGUCGUUGGCACUGUCGGUUCGUCGUCCCACAUCACCUUCCUCGCCAGAAGCGACAGCACCAAGUAGACCGGGAAGGGUCCCUUCGUCGUCGAGCGGAACGGUUGGAAGCGGGCCAGGAAGGGGAGGCGGUGGUGGCGGCGGAGGCGAGGAGGUCACCGGUGGCAUCCGUUUCGCGGGUCACUGGCAGGAGGAGGAAGAGCUGGAGGCGAAGAAGAAGGAGGAGCACCGGAUGCGUGCGGCUCGAGACGAGCAUCUUGAACUGAGAGGUCGGCCGAUGUCGCAGAACAAUGCGGUCGCGCCGCAUUCGCGGCCAUCCUCUUCGCCGACGAACGUCGACGCAACCACCGACGCCGCUGACGAGCAUCAGAACGCGCCCGGUCGUAUCCACGAUCACAAUCGGCCGUUUCCGCCACCGAGAUUGCCCGGCGUUCACGCGAACGCUUCGACCGCCCUUCUCGCCGUUCCCACGAAUCCCAGAGUGCUGGUCACCGCGCCCCUAAGCCCGCUCUCGAGCACCUUCAGGAGCAGUCCGAGGAACGUGGACAGUGCUACGGAGACGAACAACACCUCUCGUGGACUAUUGUCGAACGAUACGCCGCCUAGGAGUCCGAUCGGCGAGGUCAGUCUCGCGGUACCGCGGCCGGACGGCGAGAGGGCUAUAAACGAGUACGUCGAGGCGCCGUUCAAGCACUCCAACCAGGAACGCCGGCUGGACGAUGACAAACGCGGUGUUGACUGUCCGAAGAUCGACCGCAGGCAUCAUCGUCAAAAAGGCGCGGACUCGUCCGUUGCCGCGACGCAUCGCCUACACGCGAGCAGGUCUCAAGCGUUUCGAGCAUUGCAAGCCAGCGGCGGGACGAACGCGACCGCGUCCGCGGACGGUGCGGUCACCGGGAACGCCGCGGCGCCAAAUGCCGUCACCAAGCAGCCGGUCUCGUUCACCAAGGAGCCAGCGAACAACCUCGCCUCGAGGACCUACGACCCGGCCGGUCUCUCGAUAAUGUGCAAUUUCUGCGGUCGAUGCCGAUGCGAGUCCUGCCGCGAGCCGCCCCCGUUGCCCAGCAAGUGGUUGUGCGACAACAAGUGCUUCUGUUCGGCGGACACGAUCUUAGAUUACGCUUCUUGUCUGUGCUGCGUGAAGGGACUGUUUUAUCACUGCGUGGACGGGAGCAGUAGUAAUGGGAUGGACGGCGAAGCGGGUGGUAGCUGCGCGGACGACCCGUGUUCUUGUACGGGGAGCAGGACAGCGUCUAGGUGGGCUUGCCUCGGGGCGCUCACCCUCGUCAUGCCCUGCCUGUUGUGCUACUGGCCGUUCAAAGGGUGCGUCGCUUUGUGCGAAGCGUGUUACGCCCGGCACGCGGCCCAGGGCUGCAGAUGCAAUCCGAACGCGAGCGGUAACCCUGGGAACAGGCAUCAUCCGAUCGCCAACGACAUCGGGGACUCGAGGGAUCCGGAGAAAAGGUUACUCGACCCGGUCACGCCGGAACUCUAGUUGACGUGGCGACUCGUUCCGUGGAAGAAGGCUGCGAAGCCGAUAACGGACCUAUGGUUCUCUAUGUAGGCUACUCGAGAUGGGAGCAAAGCGAAGAUCGCAUUAAGUACAAGAGUUGCAUUUAAGUCGAAGAAACGAUUGUCGAAGAAAUUAUUUCUGACGAAUCUGUACGUCUGACGUCGCGAGUGUUUUAUUUAUUAUUCUUCCAUGCGCGCGCAGGAGCGAGUGUGAACGCGUGUGGAACGCGUGAACGUGAACGGGAAUGAAAAUGUAAACGAGAAGACGGAGGUAAGAAGCGGUAGGAAUCUACGAUGGGGUUUAGGAGGAAACGUUAGAAGUACGGCGGAGAAAGGGCGAGAAAGAUGACACGGGGUACACGUAUAUUUGCGCAGAGACAUACCACUUACGUAUAGAUAGAUAGGUCUAUACACGAUUUCAUAUUACGAAUAGUACGCGCGAAAUACGGGGAGCAAUCGGGAAUGUGCGUGAAUGCGUGGAAUGCGCGAGAGAAAGGGAGAGAACGAACCACUAAAGUAUAUUAAACCGCGAGAAGAAGCACGUCAGUAUCCGCGUGUACACGCGUUCCUCUCGGCCCCUUCGCCGCCUCGUCGCCGCGUGUACACGCGACUACGCCUAGAUUAUAGUUAUAAAUAUUGUAUAUUAUAUUUGUAUAAAGAAGAAAACUUUUCUACGGUUAAUUUAUUCGCGGCUGCAUCGCCAAGCUAACAAAUAGAAUUUCAUGGUAAUAAGGAGAAGGAGGAUAGGCGAGACGUGUUAUUUAAUCAGCCUUGAACAGAUUUCGGAGUCCGAAGCCGUUCGCCUAGCCGCAUCGAUCACGGUGCGCCUGUCACGGAACACGCGUAGCGUACGAUAAGAGCGCGAGGAAAUAUAUGGGGGAUGGGGGAGGGAGCAAGAAACGUGUGGCUGAGAGAAGAGAAAGAUGCUCUGAAAAGAAGCAUUGUCCGAGCGUUUCCGAGCGUUUUCCUCCGCUCGGUACACGAUAUAUAUAUAUAUACAUACAUGUAUAUAUAUACACGCUUUUAUACUCGUUAACACUGGAGUCGUAUCGAGCGGCCCUGUCGAGCGUAGAAAGAGCGGUAUGACACGAGAUCGAGAUAAUGCACGCGCAAGGGCUGCGUGAGAGCGAGAGAGUCUUGAAGAAUGAACGAUUGCGUUUACGUAUGUACGUACAUACGUACACGUGUGUACUUCGUGUUCGCACGGGUGUGUGCACGGGUGUUGCUGCACGGGGACGACGAGAAUGCGGGCAGAUGGAAAAAGGACAAUUGCGUGGGGGCACGUAAGCGCGAGAAGAACGGAUCGAGGGGAGAAAGAGCCGCGAGCGUGAAAUUUUCACUUGUACUACACGCGCGCGCACGUCUCGGCGUCGUUUCUAUUUUCCGUUCAUUUUCUUCUCUUUUCCAGUAUUAUCUAGUCGUGCGAGUUUUAUUAAAUGUCAUCUCGUUAGGGGGGAACGUGUCCUGCUGCUCCGCCCUCUUGUAAAUACAUACAGAGUUCCUUUUCGAAGUUUUAAAUUCAUCGACAGGUCCAAUGAAAUACAACGAACGCGUCGAUCACGCGAUUACCCCAUCGCCGGAUAUUAAACCGAACGUACGCACGAAAUUUGAUGUUCGUGAAUAAAAAAAAAGUAGCAGCGGAGGUUAACGAACGGCGGUACACGCGAGGCUAAUCGGUUUCCUCGUUAGUUCAACUGCUUCUUCGUUGCCUCUCUGGCAAGAUUUUGGAAUAAUUAACGCUCGCGGGACUCUGGGUAUCGGAGAGCGGAGCCGCGGCCGCGGCCCGAAGCGGCGUUUAAUUGCACAGUAACAGCGCUUCCCACGCGGACGGAAUUCACCGAACGAAGGUGUGUUAACUUUCCAUUCUUGCUCGGGCGGCUUGAUCGUUGAAGAAUGUACACGCCGGCGACGUUCUACGGGGGCGCACCAUCCUCGCGGCAGGCGCGUUCGAUUCGUUUACACAUAUAAAAUCUUUGAAAAACCAGCUUAUAUUUCUCAGGCUUCUUCGAACCUCGACAAUUUCCUCUUGCCGCCCUCGCGACGUGGGCAUUGUUCGGCGACGAACGCAUCGAACGCGCUUGCAGGGCUCUCUCAAAGGUACGAACGGAGGAGCUCUGUUCGGAAACGAGACUGAUCUUUUUCUUCCAAUGGCUCGCUUCGCUUCGUUCGUUUCGAAGGUGGAGCGAGAAACGGGAAGAAACUAAGGGAAUAUACAAGAUUGUGUAAAAUCGAGUUUCCGCGAAUACGAGUGUUCACGUUUUAUUUGCUCGUUCACUGUUAACGAAGAUGUAAGGCGCGUGGGUGUUCGCUGGGACUCGAUUCGAACGAGGUGUCCGAGGCAGGCAAGCCAAUCACCAAAUUGUUAAUUAGGGCCUACGAUGAUUCCAUUCGUGUGUAUGUGUGUGUGCGCGUGUGUGUGUUUUGUGCAUACCUAUACGUCUGUACGUGUCAUAUUUGCGUGUAUGUAUGUGUAUGUGCGUGUGUAUGUAUGCGCGCGCGCGUCUCGCCAAGCGAAAAUAUGUUUUUAUCAAUAUUAACUUUACAUGUUCUGUAUAUGUCUUGUAAAUAUAUAUAUACAUAUAUAUAAAUAUUAUAUAUACACACAUACGUAUAUAUAUAUAUAUUUAUGCAUUUCAUUUUAACGUAUUCGAAGCUGUAGUUUUUUUGAGGACAACCAAAAUUACUUUCGAUCCGAUCAAUCGAUUUAGGGAUUCCGUCGCUCUUUGCAAUAUCGUUUCGUUGAACCGGAGGCUAACGCGUACGCAAGUCGAGGCAUGGAUCAUCUCCGUUUCACUACGUCUCCUCUUUUUACUGCUCUCCCUUCAUUUCUUCUUUUCUCAAUGCCGUAUUCUUCCGGUGUUUCUUUCGACGUUUACGUACUUAGGCAGUGGUUAAAUACAAAAACCCAGUAUACAGUCUUAUGCAUCGAUCACUAUAAUCAAGGAAACCUACCACUCUCGCGAGAUCAGUAGCGAUACUCGUAGCAGAAUAUCAAAAGAUAUGAAAGAAUACUUGCAGUAAAGUCGCGUUGAAGGCGAAAAGAAGUCUACGUCAAAUUCAAAAUUUUUAUUCCUAUUCCCAUCCCCAGUACGUCUGAUUUUAUGCUCGAGUUCGGUGGUGCAAUCCGAACGUCGCGUAAUGGCAAUUCGAUCCACAGCGAACGUUCAUGUGUGUUAACGUUAAUUCAACAACAAAUUUUUGCUCUUUUUCAUGUGCAGUCUUUUUUUUAAAAAGUGUUCCUGACAUUCUUCUGGUUAAAAUGAGAUCAAACGCGAUAUGUCUCUGAUUAUAUUUAUAAUGGAUUGGAAAAAAAGUUCGUUCGAUGCAAGUAGAUUAAUUCUAGCGAUGUCAAGGCUAUUAUUGACAGAAAUUCAUCCCAAUCGGUGUAAGAGAUUGUUACGACUCUUAGUGCGUCCUAUACAAUUGUAGAAAAUUUAUCUAUCCUGUAUCGAAAAAAUUGUUUCAUUCUGCCCUAAAAACCAAACGAACUUGUUUGCCAUGGCAGAUAUGUAAUAACAACUGUUGUUUUUUAAAUAAAAGAAAAAUUCAAAGUACACCAUGUUUGGUCUCAAUUUAAUCAGAAGAAUAUCAUAAAUACGAUAGUAAUUGUAUUAAAAAUUAUGUAUAAUUAAGUAUGAGAACGAUUUGUUGUUGAAUUAGUAUUAGUCUUUGAUGUUCGCCGGCUACUUCGACCGAUCGCACUUCUUACUUUUCAUUCGCUAUCCUGUUCUACGUUUGGGAUCAAAGAUAAGAAUCGUGCCUUCUCUACGUUAAUGACGAAGGUCCAAACCCGAAAUCCUCGCAUUUAACGCGACUUUACUUUCAUAUAUCUUUGAAAGUGGGUGAAUAGGCGUGUUCAUGUUCUCGUCACAAAUUAGGAUCGUUGGUCUCCUUCGCGAAGUCUGAUUUAAAUCAGGAAACCGUAAUUGCAGAGCACUGAACAACGACAACUAUAGAUAUAAUAUAUUCCUCACGUAUACGGACGUAUGAUAUCAAGGAAAGCAAACUAGCGAAUGUAUCGAAACUCCUCGAACCCCCCACCCCCCUCCCUACCUACGACCCUCGUGGAAAAAUUCGCCUGAAACAUUUUUUAUGGACUACCACAUAAUGUACAUACAUACAUGGAACCGUGACUACGAUAAAACGAGAGGAACGAAGUAAAACUGAAGCAGAGAAAACGAACGAGAAAAAAAGAUUCCAUUACUUCCGGUUGAUGCGAAUUCGUUACGUCCAUAGGAAUGCGUUGACGCACAUGUUGUUAUCUAAUUGUUAGUAGAUUCAGGUUUAUACCGGCAAUUGUUAAUAAAGUUAGUAAGCAAAUAA